AUGGGUGCAAGUUUAUCAAAAGAAAUCGAUAAAUUAAGAGAAAAAAAAGUUACAGAAUUAGAACUUAUUGAUAAAGGUAUUGAUGAUUUACCAAAUAAUAUUGGUACAAUUGAAACGUUGAAAAAAUUAAAUCUUAGUAAAAAUAAUUUAAAAAGAUUACCACCAGCAAUUGGUAAUUUAAAGAAUUUAACACUUUUAAAUCUUUUCAAUAAUAGUCUUAGAGAGUUACCCCAUGAAAUCACUCAAUUAGUUAAUUUAGAAUCAAUGAAUCUUAGUAUUAAUAAAUUAAAAGCAUUACCAAGAGGUUUUGGUUCAUUUAAUCAUUUAUUUUUUUUAGAUGUUAGUUAUAAUAGUAUUACAGAAUUAACAACUCAAAUUGGUUUAAUUUCAACAUUAAAAGAAUUACAUAUUUCAUUUAAUGAACUCACAGAAUUACCAGUUGAAUUAUCAAGAUGUUCAGAAUUGGAAGUUAUUAAUGCAAGUCAUAAUAAGAUUUUAGAAUUACCAAGUGAGUUUUCAAAAUUACCAAAACUUAAACUUUUAAAUAUCACUGGUAAUAAAUUAUCUUUUAUUCCACCAGAUUAUGGACAAUUAACAAAGAUUGAAAAAAUAGAUUUCUCUAAAAAUCCUGAUAUUCAUAAAUCAUUGGAUCAACAUGCUAUUAGAGGUCCUGAAGUUUUAAUUAAAUAUUUAAAAUCUGAUGAAUAUCAAUCAAUUUAUUAUAGUGAAACUAAAAAACCAAGACCUUCUGGUUUAACUUCUUCAACUGAAAAUACAACAAUUCCACAAAAUACAACUACAACAACAACAACUACUUCAAAACCAGAAGAAGAAGAAUCAUCUGUUCCAUAUCAUUAA